CAACUUCAAUAUUUGAUAUCCUCAGGCUCAAACUCUAGACAUGUGAACCGCCGAAGCCAAACCUCUCCUUCCUAAAAUUCCAAAUUAUUUACUAUAAAAACUCGCAUCCCACACUUCGUUUUUCUCUCAAAAUCUCAAAUGGGUUUCAAGCUCCAAGCUCCGCUGUGCCUCUUAGCUCUUCAAGUUCUGGUCUUCUUCUCAGAAGAAGCAGAGUCAGCAGGGCACAGCCAUGGCAGCAGCUUGAGAGUCCACACGAAGCAAGUGAGCCGCUGCAAUUUGUUCGAAGGCAAUUGGGUUUUUGAUGCUUCUUACCCUCUUUAUGAUUCUGCCACCUGUCCCUUCAUAGAUCCUGAGUUUGAUUGCAUCAAGUAUGGCAGACCUGAUACGCAGUUCCUCAAGUAUGCCUGGAAGCCCGACUCCUGUGACUUGCCCAGGUUUGAUGGGGUGGAUUUUCUGAGGAGGUGGAGAGGAAAGAAGAUAAUGUUUGUGGGCGACUCACUGAGUCUGAACAUGUGGGAAUCGUUGUCUUGUAUGAUACAUGCGUCGGUGCCAGAUGCCAAGACUACCUUCAGAAAUGGCCAUUCUGUGAACUUUGAGGACUAUGGAGUGACUUUGUUUAUGUUCCGGACACCGUACCUUGUAGAUAUAGUCAGAGAAGAAGUUGGCCGUGUUCUAAACCUAAACUCCAUCAACGCCGGAGAUGCAUGGAAAGGGAUGGACGUCCUGAUCUUCAACUCUUGGCAUUGGUGGACCCACACCGGCGAUUCUCAACCAUUUGAUUAUUUUCGGGAUGGGACAGAACUGUACAAAGAUAUGGAUCGUUUGACAGCAUUUUAUAAGGGGCUUUCCACAUGGGCUAAAUGGGUUGACUCAAAUGUUGAUACUUCAAGAACCAAAGUCUUCUUCCAGGGCAUUUCUCCAACACAUUACCAGGGACAAGAAUGGAAUUCGCCGAAGAAGACUUGCUUAGGAGAACUUGGACCGCUAUCGGGAUCAACCUACCCAGCAGGGGCACCUCCAUCUGCUGCUGUUGUCUAUAAGGUGCUGAGCGCGAUUAAGAGCCCGGUUUACUUGCUCGACAUUACAAUGCUCUCGCAGUUGAGGAAGGAUGCUCAUCCCUCGACUUACAGCGGCGAUCAUUCGGGCAACGACUGCAGCCAUUGGUGCUUGCCAGGGUUGCCCGAUACCUGGAACCAACUCCUAUACGCAGCUCUCAUCAUGUGAAUUGUGAAGGUCAACACUGAGCUACAGUAGCAACCAAUUUUAGAUUGGGAAAUGAUUCGUGCGCUCACGUUUUCUCCUUCAAGAGGGGGAAAAAGAUGAUGCGGAAAUCAUUUUCCUCUAGUUUCCUUUCUUUCAGAUUCACAUCGAUUGGUAAAACGACAAUAAGGUGGCAGAAUCAGUUGUAAAUUGAUUGUUUUACUGAACCAGAAGAAUGGUUUCGAGUUCAUAGAUAGACAAAGAACAGAUUCAAAUCCGAAUGAGAGUGUAGGUGUGGUAUAAUUGAAGAAAUGUACAUGUGGAAUUUUCCAGCAUUGUGCUCAAUAUAAUUUCUUUUAAGCU